AUGACACAGCUUGCAUCAAUGUACUGCAAGGUAGGCCAGCUGAUGGAUGGCCAGAAAAGAAACAUUGGUGCUGCUGCUUGGCAGGAGAGUAUGCCAGCAAGCUUGCCAGCCCUUUUCUCUUUGUCUCCUUCCCCUGUGCCAGCCAUGUCUGAGCAGGAAAUGAGCUCAGUGAUCUUGAUUCUUGCCCAUCAUACGCAUACAUACCUGACGAACUGGAGGUUGAUUGACAAUGAGAUGGGUCUUGAAGUUGAACUUCUUUCUGAGAUGUCAUUCCUCCAUCUCUUGCAGAAAGAUGUGAUGUUGGAUGGUGAGUCUGACGUGAAAGACAUGAACAUUGCAACUGUACAUGUGCUUAGAGUUAAGCAUCCCAGCUGA